CCCACAUACUAGCCUACUAGCUAUACUAUACUACAGCUCUCUCCAUACACUACAAACCACCACACAAGCCUACAAACUACGCUCUACAUAGUCUACCAAUCCACACUACCCAUCUGCAAAUCUACAAAACCAAAAUGCCCGAACAAACCAUAACCCUGCACACCUACUUCCGCUCCUCCUGCUCCGCGCGCCUCCGCAUCGCCCUCAACCUAAAAUCCCUCCCCUACACCUCCAUCCCCAUCAACCUACUCAAAAACGAACACCACCAGAGCCAAAACACGACCCUAAACCCCUCCGCCAGCGUGCCCACCCUCAUCAUCGAAAACCCCGAUGGAAAAACAAUCAUAAUCCCCCAAUCCCUCGCCGCGCUCGAAUACCUCGAAGAAACCCACCCCCAAGCGCACCCCCUCCUCCCACCACUCUCCGACCCCACCGCGCGCGCAACAGUCCGCACCCUCUCCAGCAUCAUCGCCUGCGACGUGCAGCCGGUCACGAACAUGCGGAUCCUGAAGCGGGUGGCGCCGCUCGGUGUGGACAGGGAAACAUGGUCGAAGGAUUUAGUGGAGGAUGGGUUCCGGGCGUACGAGGCUAUUGCGGAGAAAACGGCAGGAAAAUAUAGUGUUGGAGAUGAGAUUACCUUGGCGGAUGUAUGUCUUUUGCCUGCUGUUUGGGGGGCGGAGAGGGUAGGUGUGGAUUUGGGGAAUUUUCCGGUUAUUAAGGGGGUAAGGGAGAGGCUGGAAGAGGUGGAGGCUGUGAAGAGGGCGCAUUGGAGAUGUCAGGGCGAUACGCCGGAGGAGUUUAGGGUUGGUGAUAGGCAGUAAGGCAAGGGUGGGAUGAAAUGAUGGAGGGUUGGUUUUUGUUUGGUUUGGGGGGGUAGUAGGUAGAUAAGUUUCAGUUGGUUUCAUGGUUUUUGUCCUAACUAUGUGGGUUUGGAUUGACUUUCAGUAUAGGGCGGGUUUGGUGGGUCUGAAUCUGGAUGUUACGCCUACAGUUUGACUUGACUCCGUGGCUCCGCGGACUAACAGGGAAGAAGAACGUUCUGGACCACGUUUUCUCUUUUGGCAUGUAGCAUCUCAUUGUUAGGUUCACAUUCACAUCAUAUCAUAUCAAUGCAUACAAUGGGCUUUGGGGACUCAUGACGUGCGAUCGUGCGAUAAGGGACUUGCAAUUCGAAAUGC